AUGUCAAAGAAAUCUACAUGCGAUAUUAUAUCUCUUCCAGAAGAGAUGUUGACAGAAAUCGUUAUGCAAGCGGCUUCAAGUUCUGUCAAUGAUUUCAUUAAUGUCAGGUUAAGCUGUAAAGCUUUUCUUGCUGCGUCGAACUAUGAUCAGGUCUUUGAGAAGGUUUCCAUGGAGAAAGUUGGUUUCGUUCCAUGGCGUAGGAGCGAGAGGGUUUUUGAAAAACGAUGCAGAGCUGCCAAGAACGCCGAAGCGUUAUACAGGAAAGGAAUGGUCGAUUGCUUCAGCCGAAAGAAACCCGACUCCGGACUCCAUUGUUUCAAGAAGGCUACCGAGAAAGGUCAUGUUGAAGCCAUGUAUGCUUACGGCAUUAUCCUCAUCUGUUUAGGAGGUGAGCUGAGGGAACAAGGGCUUCAGAUUUUAUCCUCUCUCAAUCUUGACAAGUCGAACAGAAGAAAUUCGAAGAUCAUCGCGAGCUGUCGGUCGAAAACGGAGAAGCUUUUGAGUUGCAUGUGGGUGUACGAAACAUUGGCAGCGCCUAAAGGAAGAGAUUGUGAUUGUGAUUGUGAUCGUGAUCGUGAUCGUGAUCGUGAUCAAGCUUGGGAAGCAAGCAACAACGUCGGCCAUUGCUGUGAUACUUGCUUUUGGGAUCGUGAAGCAACUGUAUUUUGUAAUUUGAUUAGGAAAUAUUUAAUUUAUUAA